CCUACCCCCAUGCUCUGAGGCAACCCUAAGCGCUGCACGUGCACUACGGUAGUUAUAGUCUUAAUGCUACUUUUUCCACAUUAUUAUAUCAAUCCUUGAUAAUAACCGAUGAGACUAAUAUUGACUAGACCUUUUACAGUUAGUUGUAGCAUGCCGAUUAGUCAGAACAAAAUGUAAACACGUGCAUUGAGAAAGAAGAAACUCUAUAGAAAGCAUUAUCGUGCAUGGUCGCUACUUCUGUUACUUCCUUUUUACGGAACUUGCCUUGUGCUUCCUUGAAGUAGACCUAGGUCGUUCUCAGAACGUGCGCGCUUUCUGUAUAGCCUACAUCAGCAGUGUUGUUUUGGGAGGCAAGAUCACGCGCGCUGGUCCAGGGCACCGCUCACGACCGAGGGUCAAGAGCACCGUGCGAACGCGUCACCUGCAGAUGCCUAUUGACGAGCAAUGUCUUCGAAUUGCUCUAGGAUGAAACAUUGGACUCCAAUUCACAGUCAAAUAUAUUGAUUUAUAUUAUUUUGAAAUUAGGUCAGUAUGUAGGAAUGCUUUACAUGACUAUCGCAAUAGCGUAGUUUUAAUUUGAGUUUAAGUAUUUUUUGAUUUUUUUAAAACUUUGAACUUGUUAGUUUUUUUUUCUUUCUGUAGAGGAACAAUAUGAAGUUCAACGGGUAUCUGAAGCUUAGAAUUGGUGAGGCGCUGGACCUCAAACCAACUACUUUUUCUCUUCGUCACUCUGUAAUGUUCAACAGAACGGCUCCCACUCUAGACCCUUACCUUGUGAUAAAGGUGGACGAGUACAAAAUUGGACAAACACAUACAAAACAGAAAACCAACAUGCCAACUUACAACGAAGAGUUUUGCCUCAAUGUCAACGACGGCAAGCAUAUAGAGUUGGCUGUAUUUCAUGAUGCACCCAUAGGGUAUGACGACUUUGUUGCCAACUGCAUUAUUCAAUUUGAGGACUUGAUCAAAACCUCGAACACAGAAGAUACUUUUGAAGGAUGGGUGGACCUGGAGCCAGAGGGCAAGGUGUACAUACUCAUAGCACUCAAUGGCUCCUUCAUUGAUGAUGACGCCACGGGGAAUGUGAAGGUGUUUAAGCAGUUCAACAGGAAGAGGCAGGGCGCCGUGAAACGCAAAAUUCACCAGGUCAACGGACACAAGUUCAUGUCCACAUUCCUACGGCAGCCCACCUUCUGCUUCCACUGCAAAGAGUUCAUCUGGGGUGUUUUUGGGAAGCAGGGUUACCAAUGCCAAGUAUGCACUUGUGUGGUUCACAAGCGAUGUCAUCAGUUGGUUGUCACGGUGUGUCCACGCAUGAAGAAGCCUGUCAAGGAGCCGACCACCAAUCAAGGCUUCAGUAUCAACGUCCCCCAUAAGUUUAACAUCCACAACUUUAAGGCUCCCACCUUCUGUGACCACUGUGGUUCUCUACUGUGGGGCCUUGUCAGACAGGGUCUACACUGCAAGAUCUGUAAGAUGAACGUACACAUCCGCUGUAAGGGCAACGUAGCACCCAGCUGUGGGGUCAACAGUGUGGAGCUGGCCAACAAGCUGGCAGAGAUGGGGCUGCAGGCUGGGGGGCUCUCCAAACGCAACUCACUGUCCCCUGGAGGGCAGGGCCAGGAGCGGGCCCUCAGUGUGAGGAGGGAGAGUGGAAACCCUCAGCAGCAGACCAGACGGCUGGGUAUCACUGACUUCACCUUCCUACAGGUGUUGGGCAAGGGCAGCUUCGGCAAGGUGAUGCUGGCUCGGUUGAACAGCAGUGAGCGGGUGUUCGCAGUUAAGGUGCUGAAGAAGGACAUAAUUCUGCAGGAUGAUGAUGUUGAGUGCACUAUGACAGAGAAGAGAGUGCUGUCACUAGCUGGCUGCCACCCCUACCUCACUCAGCUCUACUGUUGCUUUCAGACACUGGACCGCCUGUUCUUUGUGAUGGAGUUUGUCAACGGGGGCGACCUCAUGUUCCACAUCCAGAAGUCCAGGAAGUUUGAGGAGGGCCGCGCUUGCUUCUACACUGCCGAGAUCACCUCUGCACUCAUGUUCCUGCACAGCAAGGGCAUCCUCUACAGGGAUCUUAAACUGGACAAUGUGCUCCUUGAUAAGGAUGGACACUGUAAGCUGGCUGAUUUUGGCAUGUGUAAGGAGGGCAUGUUUGAAGGUGUGGCCACGGGCACCUUCUGUGGGACGCCUGACUACAUCGCCCCAGAGAUUCUUCAGGAGAUGCUGUAUGGGCCGUCUGUGGACUGGUGGGCUCUCGGGGUGCUGCUCUACGAGAUGCUGUCUGGCCACGCCCCCUUCGAGGCAGAGAACGAGGACGACCUGUUUGAGUCCAUCCUGAAUGAGGAGAUUAUCUAUGCAUCCUGGCUGAGUGCUGAUGCAGUCAAUAUCCUGAAAGCUUUCCUGACAAAGAACCCAGCCCGGCGUCUAGGCUGCAUGGCGGAAGAGGGCGGGGAGAAUGCUGUGACUAGCCACGCCUUCUUCAUUGGAAUCGACUGGGACAAGCUGAACCGCAGGGAGCUGGAGCCGCCUUUCAAACCCCGCAUCAAAACUGCAGAGGACGUGAACAAUUUUGACCCAGACUUCACCCAGGAGGAGCCCAUCCUGACGCCGAUUGAGGACCUCCUUCCCUCUGUCAACCAAGACGAGUUUCACAACUUCUCCUUCACUGCUCCUGAGCUGCUGGACGAUUAAGGGGCUGUGUGUGACACCCCAGCACCCCCAGACUUCUGUCAUACCUCCCCCUUUCACUGUUCACCCCUUUUUCUCUGCCCCUACUGACUUCUACUUCUGCCCAAUGAGGAGGCAGUUUGAGUGGAAGAGGCUGACUUCCAGAUACAUGAGGACUCAUAUGGACUCUUACUGUAGCCCUGAAAAACAUCUCCAGCUUCUGACAUUCUCAAUUAAAUUCUUGCAGCAGGAUUGUUGCGUAAUUGCUUCUUGGCACUGUGGGAUAUGACAUCACUGUCUCGUCACUGUGAGACAUGACUGACUGGUUCUGUGUUGAGACAGAGGUUUCUCAAUGAGGCCAGAUUUUAAUCAGAGAUUCUUUAUUUUUCCAUGCUCAUUCCUGUCACCUUUGGAAAACAUGGGACAGUUCUGACUUGUAAUCUUGCUCAAAGUGUUUUACUGAUCUUUCAGACUAGUUGACUGAAAUGCAAAGCAAUGUUAAUGGCAAUUUGUCCACUGAUACAGAAAUAUGAAUUCCCCUACAGUUACUUCAAGAUAAAUACAAGCAUUUUUUAAACUAA